GGCCCUCGCCGCCCGGGGCUACGUGGGCUCCAGAGAGACCCAGACCGAAGGGCCGCGGGUCAGGCCCAACCUACGGGCGGGAUCGGGGGCUGCGGGAGAGGGAGGAGGGGACGGGACCCCAGCCCCGCUCCCGCCCCUGGCCUGGGAGUAGCUACUUUUCGCGUCUGCUGGGGCAAGGAUCCAAGAUUUCAUCCUGCUCUUGGGGGUUAGAGGGCGUAGGUCCUCAGUCUCUGAGAGCCAAUUCCUGACGUCCAGCAGCUGGACGGAAGUCCCCCAACACGGCCCCCCAGAUCCCGUGCGGGAGGCGGGCCUGAGAUCCAGCCGGGAUCCCCGGGGACUGCGGGACCGCGGGGAGUCGGAGCCCCUCUCAUCUGCGCCUUUGCCCCGAAACAGGAGUCGGCCGUGACACGGAGGAAGACUAUGUUCUUCUUCUCCGCUCUGGACGUGAAUAAGGACAUGUACAUUAGCGCCGAGGAGUUCAAGCCCAUUGCUGAGAUGCUGAGAGUGAUAAAGCCUCUCACUGACUUUGAGAAGGCCCAGGAGCUGAUGAAGGAAGAGAAGUCCUCUCUCAAGGAGAAGUUGACUGUAGUAGCUCGAUUCCAGCCUCUGCUACUAGAUACCAUGUCAAACAGUAAAAGUGGUUUCAAAGAAAUUUCUGACAUUAUUCUUUCUGGGCUAAAAAACUGGACAAACCCUGCACUAUCAUCCAAUGUGUUCUCUGCCAGCCAAUUCAAAGCUUUCCUGCCCCCAAGGAAUGACAUGGAGCUGGGUGAAGUCUGGUGGAUCAUUCCAGACACAGUGCUUACUACAGGUGUAUACCUCUCUGACAACCGCUUCUAUCCACCACCUCCCAAAGGCAAGGAGGUCAUCAUCCACAAAUUGUUAAGCAUGUUCCAUCCAAGGCCCUUUGUGAAGACUCGCUUCGGACCCCAAGGCACAGUGGCUUGCCUUACAGCCAUAAGUGACUCCUACUACACUGUUACUUUUAGGAUUCAUGCAGAAUUCCAACUCAACCAACCACUCCACUACCCUUUCUGGUUCUGUCCAAGCCAGUUCACUGGACACAUCAUCCUCUCCAAAAAUAGCAACCAUGUCCAGGACUUCAAGCUCUUUGUACCUAAUGAAAGGUCUCUGAACGUGGGUUUGCAGUGGUUGCAUGGGCCCCUACUGAAUCCACAUGUGGAUCUUGGUUAUCUCCCUCAGAUGGAGCUAGAGGCCUCUGGCCCUUCAAUGCCAUCUAGCAUCCAGGAUGAGAAGAGUAAUGAAACUGGCAGCUGUCUGCCCUCAGAGGAGGCUGUCCAGUUUAAAAUGGAGGAUAUUCUGUGGCAGCAGGAGCUGAGCAGGGAAGAAGCUGCCCAGCAGCUAGAAAGAGCUAUGUAUGACUUCAAGAAGGUCCAGUAUUUACCUUUCACCAAAGCUUUUGACAGAGCUAGAGCUGAGAAGAAGCUGGUGCAUUCAGUCAUUUUGUGGGGAGCUCUAGAUGACCAGUCUUGCUGAGGUUCAGGGCACACUCUUCGGAAUAUUGUCCUGAAAAAUUCAUCAAUCCUCACCCUCCUUAAUGAGAGAUUCAUCAGCACUUGGUCUCUUUUUGAGGACUUAGAAAAGAUACUGAAUGAAGAGAAUGAAUUCUAUAAGAAGCUGGCUCAACUGCAUUUGGAGAAAUACGAGUUCCCUGUAGAAUCACUGGUCUGCCUACCCAAUGGAACAGUGGUCAACAACAUCCAUGCUAAUGAUUUCUUGUUCAAGACUCCUCCGGGACACCAGGAAAAUGAAAAAGUCAUAGCCUUCUAUUCUCCUAUGUCCUUGAAAUCUCCAGAGAUCUAUGAAGAAUUCCUGAGAGAAGGACUCCUCAGAGCUCAGGUCUUUCUCCAGCCCUAAAGCCCAGACUAUGGGAAUUGGGGACUUGAUUCUCUAAUCAAGCAAGAUUCUUCCAAUCAUCAGAGCUGACAUUUCCCUACCUAUACAACAAGAAAUGUAGAUGUGACCCUAAAGUCAAAGUGGUCUUUAGUUCAUUUCAAGGUCACUGAUUCUCUUUCUACUAAAAAGCAGCCAAUAUCAUUCCCUUUGAAAUACGAAAUAGUGACCAAAGAUUCCAUGUUUCAGGAUCUCUCCUGCAAUUUCAGGAUCCUGAUGAUAGUGCCUAAAAGUAGCAGAGUUCCUUCUGGCCAUGUGACAUAAGGUUGCUGUAACCUCCCUAAGAGUUUAGAAGCCAGCAAUGUUUGUUUGUUUUUUUAAGGGAGCAUAGAACCAAAUUAUCUUUUGCUUCUUGGUAAUAACCUCAUUCUCCAACCUUCCUCUGGGCCACCUCUAAUGCAUCCACAAAGAAGUGACCAAGACCAGGACAUAUCUGCAACCUCAUUAUGUAAAUGUGAAAUAUAAUUAAUUAAAUAUUCCACACAGUUUGAAGAUAAUUUUUGAUAGCUCCACUGAGUAGGAGAAAGAGAUUCUAUUUCCUUCCAGUGACUGUGCUUUAUGAUGGCUGGAUCUUAAAUCCCAGAUGGAUCAAGCUUAAUGUCUUCACAGUCUCAACUGGAGGAGAAAGUUCUCUUUUCUCUUGGUCAGGACUUUAAAGCAGUCUUUUUUUGUGGGAAGAGAUGUUAUGGAGUAAGUUCCCUGCCAUCAUUUUUCCACACUUUCUUUGACCAAUUAAGAGAUAAAUACCUUUCCUCCAAGUAUAAAAUGUCUGUCCUAGUAAAUAGCCUGGUUGCUUUUCUCUGGCUGGCAACUUCCUCUCUUUUUGUAAGAUCUGGUUAGGGACUUAUACAUCAAUAGAAACAUUGCAAUUUUCAUGGUCAGAACUGAUAAUCCCUCUCAAGAGAAUUUUAUUUCAUUCACAUUGAAUUCUUUGAUGGCAAGAAUUAUGUGUUCCCAUGUAUGGGACAAAGACCACCAGUUCAAAUA